GGUGUCACGUGUCUCAAGGGUGUAUGGAGGAUACACCUGGAGAGGCACAAAUUAGCAGAAGGGGUAGAUGGACCGUAUCAUGGGCUUCAUUCAUGUCUACCGCGUUAUCGGAGGAUGACUCAACUCAACCCGCAGAGACGGAGAAAGCAAUGGCGGCACGUGGGCAGGCAAGGCAGUUUGCGAUCCAAGCCCAAGUAACCUUAUUACAGUACUUUAUCGCAAACGCGUCAAAGUCGCGUCUCUUGCGCCCAUGCUCGUACUCACUACCAAAACCUUUGAUUUUUGAAAAUACACAUCAAUGCAAUUCUAUUAAACCGACUCCGCACACUUUAACCACAAAACACUGCCCUCUCAUACAUACCGCAGAGAUAAAAGUACACAAACAUCAUGCUCGCGAUCCGUCCACCAUCUAAUCAGUCUUCCUCAAAAUCCACGAGAAAAUACACACCCAAUCUCAUCCCGUGCCGCAUAAACCACACGGCUCCAAUUAAGAUCGAAAAAAGAUAUUGGGACCCCAAAAUUACAAAGAAUCAAAGGGGAAAAGAAGAAUUGGUGUCAUUUUUCAGAGGUAGAAGAUUGAUUGGUAGGAAGGUUAAGGUCCCAGAAGGAUGGAGGGGUGUUGUGUUGAGAGUGGGCGAAGAAAUCAUGCCACAAGAAUCUACUGCUGAAGAUGAGAGACGGGAAGACGAGGAGGACGAGGAUGAAGUGGUAGAAAAGGAAAUCGAAACGAAGAUAGCUGAUGAAGAAGGCUCUUUUGAUGACUUGACGGUAUGGGGGCAUGAGUGCUUGGUUGAUGCGAGUGGUGAUAUGGUCGUCAGAGGAAUCGAAGAGUGGAUGGCAUGGGCGAGUGCGAUCCACGGCUGCGACAACAUUAGCAAGGAGGACGAAAAGUCGAAUUAAUAAGUGGAUCUUUACGUUUGGUAUAAUAGGAUACGGGGGAGUUCUAUGGCGUUAUUACGGGCACAUUGAUUGUUACUAUUUGUUGCAUCCAGUCUCAUGCUAGACACAUGAAUUGAUACUGAAUGAAGAGUGCAAAAUAUAACAUCAAGUCCUUUGGAUGUCUAUCGUUGGAGCACAAUGGAAAGGGUUAAAAGCCUACUCGACA